UGUUGUAAUCCAACAUUAAAUGCCAGUAACUACUAUUCAGGUUUUCAAAGGGUUACUGCCGCAGCAGCCAGUGCGCGCUCACGUGCCUGUGCCUGAUUGGCUGCUGAAGGCCGGCGCGCGCUCCCCGUACGCUCGCGCGGCGCAGUUAAUCGGCUCAUACGUCCGCUCCCACGCGCUCCGGAUCUCACACAACAACACCUUCAGCGGUAGAAAACACACACACACACACACACACACACACAGUAAACGCACCGCUGUACACCACAGCUUAGCGUAUUUAGACAGCAUAUUUAGACAUCUCACACACGUAAUAGAGUCGCGUGCAGAUGAGGCGAAAGGAAAACCUUGAGAUGAUUCACACGUAAACUUGAAAACAUUAACACAGAGGAGUCGAAUACGUCAUCGCGGUUCAUUUCGGACUUUUAGCUGGCUUCCAGACACGCGCUUAAACGUCUGCAGUUUGUCCUCAUGAACACUGAGAUUAACGCCGUUUAGUUUUCUCCACUCUUCACUCUGUCUGCACACGCCGGUAAUAUUUUGGACGUAGUCUACAUGCACUUCUCAGUCUAUGGAGCGAGCUUUUCAGUAUAGAGAAGGCGCUCCAGAACAUUCUGUAGACUCGAUCCAGUUAGGAUGUGCUAAAUUUGGGCUUAUGCAGAAGUCGGAAAAGGACGUCCACUAGCCUCAACAGUGGCUUUUCCCAACUAACUCACUGUCUUCCUAAAUAGGUAAAGAGUUAAAGGGUUCGUUUUGGUUUUCCUACAGAUAAUCCGGCUGCCGUUCAUGCAAAAGUCGGUAGAAAAGUUCGCUUGUGGAACUUCACAAUCUGGUCGCAUUUACUUGCGACAUCUAGUGCAGUUUCGAUUCAUAUCACACGUACAGCAUUUCAUUCUCGUGGUUAAAUAACCCUACGUUGUGAAAAGACAAGCUUCAGCAUCCAGUCGAAACUUUCCUCAUUGACGCGUAACGGCGCGUUUCCGCUGAGCAUCCCCUCAAUGCCACUGCAAGCCUAAAAGCAGCAGCAGCAGCAACAACAACACCAGUCUCCUCUCAGAGCACAAAAGCGCGAGAAUGGCCCAGCAGCUCGUGCUCGUCACUAAUGGGAUUGCGCUGUGACUUGCUCGGCCGGAGGACAGGCUGCACUCACACACACGCACACACACUCGCUCGGCGGUGCGCUGCACGGCGCGGGGAUGAUCAGGAUCUUCCCGGACUUCAGCGUGCAGGUGACGGCGGCGGCUGGCGCAGGAGCCGCAGGGAUGCCGGCAGCACGGGUCCCGGGCGCCACCAACGGCAACCCGCAAAACGUCCAGGGCUUGACCACUUACCAACAAAGCGACCCUUACUGGGAGAGGCCAGCUAAUGCCAGCUCGUGUUCAGCCGCUAGGCCCAAGACACUUCACCUCGGAGGGCAACAACAUACCUCAUCACCAUGGUUGCAGGCUCUGAGGAAGGAGAAGUCGCGUGAUGCAGCACGCUCACGCAGAGGGAAGGAGAACUUUGAGUUCUAUGAGUUGGCCAAGAUGCUGCCACUGCCAGGUGCCAUCACCAGCCAGCUGGACAAAGCCUCCAUCAUCCGCCUCACCAUCAGCUACCUAAAGAUGAGGGAUUUCGCCAACCAGGGCGACCCGCCAUGGAACCUGCGCAUCGAAGGACCACCACCCAACACCUCAGUCAAAGCUAUUGGCUCUCAGCGAAGGAGGAGCCCCAGUGCAGUCGCCUCAGAGAUCUUUGAGCCUCACCUGGGCAGCCACAUCCUACAGUCCCUGGAUGGAUUCGUAUUUGCACUAAACAAGGAGGGGAGGUUUUUGUACAUCUCAGAGACCGUGUCCAUAUACCUCGGCCUUUCACAGGUGGAGUUGACGGGCAGCAGUGUGUUUGACUACGUGCACCCGGGUGAUCAGGUGGAGAUGGCCGAGCAGUUGGGGAUGAAGCUUCCUCCAGGCCGGAGUCUGCUGUCUCAGGGAGCCGGGGCUGAGGACGGAGCAAGCUCAGCCUCCUCAUCCUCACACUCUGAGACGCCUGAACCUGUGGAGUCCAGCAGUCCGAGUCACCUCUCUCCAGAUAACACGUUGGAGCGUUCCUUCUUCAUACGAAUGAAGUCCACGUUGACUAAGAGAGGCGUCCACAUCAAGUCCUCCGGCUACAAGGUGAUCCACAUCACGGGCAGACUGAGGAUAAGAAUGGCACUAACGCACAAUCGCACAGUGCCCAAUCAGAUUAUGGGCAUGGUGGUGGUGGCUCAUGCCCUCCCUCCCCCCACCAUUAACGAAGUUCGCAUUGACUGCCAGAUGUUCGUCACGCGGGUCAACAUGGACCUCAACAUUGUCUACUGUGAAAAUAGAAUUAGCGACUACAUGGACCUGACACCUGUGGACAUCAUAGGAAAAAGAUGUUAUCAGUUUAUUCAUGCCGAGGACGUGGAGGGCAUUCGGCACAGCCAUUUAGACUUAAUGAAUAAAGGCCAGUGUGUGACAAAAUACUAUCGCUGGAUCCAGAAGAAUGGAGGCUAUAUCUGGAUCCAGUCCAGUGCCACUAUUGCUAUCAACGCCAAGAAUGCCAAUGAGAAGAACAUCAUCUGGGUCAACUAUGUGCUUAGUAAUCCGGAAUACAAAGACACACCCAUUGAUAUCACACAGCUUCCGAAUCUGCCAGAGAAAGCCUCAGAGUCAUCGGAAACGUCAGACUCAGAGUCUGACUCUAAGGACAACUCUGAAGACAACGAGAACUCCAAGUCAGAUGGGAAAGGAAAUAAGUCUUCUGAGAACAGUGAAGAGCCAGAGUCAGACAGUAAGAAGCCCACCAGACACUCUGAGCAGGAGAUGAGGCAUCAAGAGGAGGACAGCUCCAGUAAUGCAGAGAGCCAGGAGAGUGAGGACAGUUUGGAACCCUCUGAUUGUGAGGCUGAGCACAAGGAGAGCCGCUUGGCUCAUCUCAGUGGGCUGCCCAUUAAAGUGGAGCACUAUGGUGAUGGAGAGGGGGCAGAGCUUCACAAUUCUCUCUCAUCAUCCUCUGAGGAAGAGGACGAAGAUGAGGAGGAAGAAGAGGAAGACAAUGAUGAGAUUAUGAAGGACUACAACAGUGAAGGGGAACUGAGCGGUCCACUGACAAGUAAACGCCAGAAGAGAAAGAAAAGGAGGAAAAAGCAGAAAUGGGAGGGCAGUCGUCAGCGUCUGCGACUUUCACCUCCAGAAGCUGUCACAGCAAGUCCAGGAAGUCUGGAGCCAGCACUGGGAGAGCAGCCUCCAUUACUGCCACCUCCAUCACCCGCCACUGCCUCAGUGCUUAAGAUCAAAACAGAGAUGGCCGAGCCUAUCAACUUUGACAACGAUAGCAGUAUCUGGAACUUCCCGCCUAACCGAGAGAUCUCACGCAAUGAGUCACCUUUCAGCAUGACCAAGCCUCCUAGUGCUCAUGAAGCCUUCCCCGCUGCCAUCCCCGACUCAGUCCUCACUCCACCAGGCACCGAAGGAGGAGCAGGCAUCAGGAAGCCCAACUUCACUAACAGCAGUAGCAGUAGUAGCAGUAACAGUGCUCCCAACUCAACUGGCCUGGGACCCCCACUGUCUAACUCCUCAACCUCUGACCCCCUAUCACCUCCACUUUCAGCCUCACCACGUGAUAAGCAGCAGGGCACACCCACCUCCCAGAAUUCCCUUCUGUACAGUGGUGACUUGGAGGCCCUGCAGCGGCUACAGACAGGCAACGUGGUGCUUCCCCUGGUGCAGCGUGUUGCAGGCACACUGGCUGCCACCAGCACAGCAGCGGCACCACGCGUCUACACGGCAGGCACCAUUCGCUACGCACCCGCUGACGUCACACUGGCUGUGCAGAGCAACCUGCUACCCAGCGGCCAUGCCGCAGUCAACUUUGUGGACGUGAACGGGCCUGGCUUUGGUAUUGAUGCCAAGACACCCAUGGAAAUGCUCUACCACCACGUGCACCGGCUCAACAUGUCGGGUCCAUUUGGUGGCGCAGGCACCGGUGCCAGUCUCGCACAGAUGCCCACUGCCAACGUCUUCACCACGGCGGAGGGACUCUUCUCUACGCUUCCCUUCCCCGUCUACAGCAAUGGCAUCCACACAACACAGACUCUCGAGCGCAAAGAGGAUUGAAGCAAAACACUGAGACCAUAUUACUGUGUUCAAUUUAAAUCAAGACUCUUUCGAGGCCUAUGACUGUGUUUCAAGUUGGGGUGGGAAUUAAUUGUUAUAGCACUUUGAAUUUCAAGCAGUUACGCUUGUGUAAUUGAAACAAAUGGUUUCUCUUCCUGUGUCUUUCUCCAUUUCUUUUCUCUUCCUCCCUCCCUUCUCUAGAGCCAAUGACAUUUUCUUUAAACAAACUAAACAGGCUCAUCUCUAUUUCAGAGUUCCUUUGAGCCACAGAGAAUUCACCACUCAGGUGUGUGGUUUCUCUGUGGUGAAAUAAAAUGUGCUUUGUUUGACUUCAUUACAGUGCAUCCGUAUUAGGAUGUGUUGUGUAUUUAAAGGCAAUUCACAAAGGAGAUAAAAAGAAACUGUUCAUUUUUUAUCAAUAUCUUGAUGUGAUCAAGGCUGACACUGACAAAAGGAUGUUACCCUGUUUGACGUGGUUGAAAGGGUUUUAGGGUUCUUUCUUAACGAGGGAAUAGUAUUUUAGAAAUGAUGCUUUUCUUCGUUUUUUAUAGCUCAGAUUUAACUUACAAAUCAUGCAUUUUAAAAGCAAUUUUAGCCAGGUAUUGAUUGACCUGCUCCGAAUGUUACUACAAACUCCCAGGACUUUGGAACAGGUCAGUGUGAGAUUCCUCCAGUUCCAUCUUCCUUUUGCAGAUCCAUGGUGCUAUCAUCAACUAACCCUCACUCAGCUGGCUGACGUAGGUAUUGUUCCAGAGCUCAACAAAUGAUGGCUUGAGAGAUUUUCUACUGAAAACUCAAACCUCUAACAGUCAAGUUCAUUUUUCUUGUGUUUAUCCCCUGCAGAGUGUGGAGAAGGGUUUGGCUGUGGCUCAAUCUGAUUGAGUCAGAAAAGGCAUUUGGACCAGGCUGUGAAUCAUUUCUUACCCCUCAGUGUAACUGAGGCUAAUUUUUACAUCAUAAACUUGAAGAUGAAUGUGAAACUCUUUAACAGGCUUCUCUCAGUUUAUUUUUACUCUCCCUCUUCAUACUUGAAGCCUAGUAGCUUUUCCCCCAUCAGUCUCCCAAAAUCAGUUUCCCUCCACUCCUUCAUGAACUCUGAAAAACACAUAUCAACAAGAUUGUAAUAAGGACAUGCAUUUUCAAUCAAAAAUGUGUUUUGAGAAAUCACAUUCCUAAUUUUUUUCCACUGUUGCCAAAAAAAAUUACCGUCACAGUUUGGUGUCAAGACACUGUGAAUUUGUUUGGAAAAAAAAAAAAAAAAAAAGAAAGUAAUAAAAAGGAAGAAAACUGUCGCUUCAUCUUUUGGCAGCCAUCCAUCACGUCAUCUAUUACCAAGCGUGAUAAGCGUAAACGUGUACAAUGUGUAAGUGUCAUUGGCUGUCAGUCCUCAUAGCGAUUUCAGUGUGUGUUACUAUAUGCAGUAUAUACCGAGCUGAUGUAGCUGUUUCGUCCUUUGUCCUCUCUGUGCUAGUGUGGGCUUGGACGGGGAAACACUCGUUCUCCCUCUCCUUCUCCUCUACAGUCUUAGUGAACCAGUGGAGGUUAGUGGAUUUUGUGUGGUGGCCUUCCAAUGUAGUGUCACCUUUUUGCUGCUUCUUUUCUGUCUGUAUUACUUUUCUGUUCCUGCUAUUGCUUUGCUGUUGUGUAGUCUACAGACCUCUCUCUUCCUCUCAGAGAUAAAAGACUCUUAACUAGCUCAAAGGUUUAAGGAGCCAUUUUUUUGCCACUGGGGAAUUCUGGGAUUGCGGUCUCCACCUCAAAACUGACAAGGAUAAAACCGAAGUAGCAUUUAGAUGUAACGUCUGGAACCUCAAAGGCCUAAGUUGUGAAACAUUCCCAGAGUCCCUUGUGCUUCUCAUGUGCAUUGGGUGUAUUUCAUUGGUUUCCACCAACCAGUUGACUUCAAGGACCCUGCAACUCACAGGAAGUAAAAAAAAAAAAAAAUUAUGACAGAAUUUCAGGACAAUAAACAAUUUUACGGAUUUCUAAUGAGAAAUGAAAAAAAAUCACACUAUAAAAUCUAUUUUUAUAGGUGUUUUGGAAAUGCAUGUUUACCAAGUUGAUUGUUUGGUUUACCUGAUUUUGUUUGGUCCAGCAGCUUUGCCAGCGUUUAGUGUUUUUUAGUCUGUCCAACAAGGCAAAGGGGGAGCCUUUUUGUCUUUUUACUGAAUCGGGCUACUCCCCUGCAUCAGGAAACUCGUCUCUGUGGUUUCUGUGAAAAUGUGUUGUUACUCAAACCCAGGUCAUGAUAUUAAUGUUUUUAAAACCGAUAGCUGCUGUCAGGGCAGUUGCAGGAGAGCUUGGCGUCACCACUGGAGCUUAGCGUCUUAGAUCCUAGAGUCUUAGCAUUUUUUACAUUACAAAAAGUUGUGCUGUACAGGGGGUGGCUCAAAAAAACACUGUGGACCAGGAAAUACACCCAUAUGUUACAAACAGAACAGCCGGCUGAGCUGUCUCAGUGUUUCUGUGUUGUGUCAAAAUGAUUGCUGGUGAUUUAAUCUUAAACUAAUCUCAGCUGCUGUCAGAUAAAUAGUGUUUAAAAAUUACAAUAUGAUAAAUCACUUCAUUACCUGUGAAAACUGUGUCUGUGUUUUUAACUAUUUCUUGUACAAUUAUACAGAUUCUUUUAUGAGGAACUUGGUGCCAAGUAGAUGAAUACAGGAGAAAGGGAUUCUCUUAGUAUCAAUGUUAACAGUGUUAUAAAUUCUAAAUACAAACAAAUUAAAAUAUUAAAAAGAGAAAACUAUGGUACAUUUUUUAUUUUCUUUUUGGGGUUUUAAUUAUUAUUAUUUUAUUUUAUUAUUUCUUUUUUUUUCAAAAAAAAAAAAGAAAAAAAAAAGAAACAACUAACUAAAGCUAACUGAGUGCCUGGCUUGUUUUUUUUAAUGGAACAACAUCUCUUUUCAUUUACCAUAAAUAAUGCUGCAAUUCAGAAAUGUACAUACUUCAUUUUACAACAGGGUUCUUUUAUACUUUUGUAGGGUCUCAUCAGUUUAAGCAAACAUGUCAUACAUGGUUGUCUUUCUGUAACGGUUUUUUACCAUCUUACAGGUGCCAUAUUCAUAAUAAACUUCUCUCAGAUUUCUUACUAUCUGGCAUCAUUUCUUUCUCAUUCAGUUCAUCUUAAGUGAAUAUCACACAUCACUGACGUUCCUCCUUGUUUACUUCUUUUUUUAUUUUAUUUUAUUUUUAUUAUUAUUUUAUGUUUCCAGAUAUCUGGCCAAUACGUCAUUCGUUCAUGUCAUAGUUGGAGUCACUAAUCACAGGGGAACUGAUGAGACCACAGGUCUCGUUCUCAUCCUGAUGUGUCCAUAAUCUGCACCGAAGUGUGUUUCUGCAGCUCACUGCUCGCUUGUACUCUCCAGGGCUGUGGCACUGCAGUGCACUCAAAAACCUAGUUGUUAAAUAAGCACUCAUGGGUAUAUGUGACGCUUUCUCAUACCUCACAAUAUCAUUCAAUCUGGGCUUUUAAUUAGCGGGUAAUCUAGACUGUGCUGUCCGUUCUGCCAUACUGAUCUCACUGUAACGC